AUGGCUUCCAACGACCUAUCUCAGAAGAUUCUGAUUGUCGGUGCCGGAUGCUUUGGCAUAUCCACGGCGUACCACUUGCUCAAGCGUGGCUACAGCUCUAUCACAGUGCUAGACAGGUCCGCCACACUUCCAGCGCCGGACGCUGCCAGCACCGAUAUCAACCGCAUGGUCCGGAGUUCGUAUUCUGACCCAUUCUACAGCAAACUCUGCCACGAAGCUAUAGAGAGCUGGAGGGAUCAGUCAGAAUGGCCCGAUGUCUAUCGCGAAUCAGGGGUGUUAAUGGGAGGUGCUGGUUACGAUCCGUACACAGAAGCAGCCUACAGGACCGACCUUGCCAUGGGAGCUCGCGUCCGGGAUCUCCCUGAUAGAGCCGCGAUCCAAGCUGUGUUGCCUCCUGGCGUCAGGACAGGGCUAUUCCGAGGGUAUAUCAGCCGCGACGGUGGUUGGGUUGAUGCUGCAAAGGCGACAACUACGAUGACCUCCAAAGUUAUCCGUAUGGGCGGUCAAGUGCAUGCUGGAAAAUCUGUUUGCAGCCUAGUCCGGAAUGGUGGCAAGACGCACGGAAUCGAGUGUGCGGAUGGGACCGUCUUCCUAGCUGAUCUUGUCAUAAUUGCAACGGGAUCGUGGACCGCUUCCAAUUUCCCUGACCUUAGGCUCGAAGAGAAAUGCGUUGCAGCUGGGCAAAGUGUCGUCACCAUACAACUCACAGCGGAAGAAAGCGAACGGUAUCAUGGUUGCCCGUGCAUGGUGAACUAUAAGACAGGUUUCUACAUAUUCCCGCCCAACAAAGACAACAUCCUGAAAAUGGGAAAACACUGCGGUGGCCACGUAAACCCAGUUCACAUCAGUGAAGGCCAUAGAACUAUAUCGGUCCCUAGAACCGCGUCCUCGCAUGGUGACGAUGGCCUCCGCAUCCCGAAGUCUAUGCUGCAAGAGAUACGUGCGCUCUUAGCUAUGACCUUUCCGGAGCUUGCCCACAGGGCUUUCGCUAGUACCCGGCUUUGCUGGUACACAGAUACUCCUGAUGAAGAUUGGAUCAUCGGAUUCUAUCCAGGCGAUGAGGGUCUUGUUAUCGCGACCGGUGGGAGCGGCCAUGCGUACAAGUUCCUUCCCGUGAUUGGGCGUCUCACCGCUGAUCUCAUAUCUGGAACACUGGAGCCACCGCUGCGCAAGAAAUUUGCGGUGGAUAGAGCCUUCGUUCCGCACGAGAAGACCCGAUCGCCUUCGGUCAUGGAAGUGUUGGACGUCUCGGUGCUUUGCUCGGCUGAUGACCUUGUAGCGAAUCGGGCGUUCCUAGCGUCACGCCCUUCUCGACUCUAG